UAUUUCUUACACAUCUCCACAACAACAAAAAAAAAUAUACAUAUCACACACCAAAUAAUGGCCAUAACAACUAGCCGCCACCGUGCACCUACCGACGGUAAAAUCGAGAUCUCCGUCGAAGAAUUCAAACUAUGGCUGAAGAAAUUUGACACCGACAAAGAUGGCCGGAUAAGCGUGGAGGAGCUCCGGCGGGCGGUCAGGGCCAACGGAGGGUGGUUCAGCAAAUCAAAGGCCAAACGCGGUGUCAAAUUAGCCGACAAGAAUUUCAAUGGAACCAUCGAUGACCACGAGAUUAGUAACCUUAUGGAGUUCGCCGAAAAGCAUCUAGGUCUAAGAAUAAUUCCCACCCAUUAAAUAUUUGCUAGUUUUUUCAUAAUAAAUCUAAUUAUCAUAUUUCUGAAAUACGGUACAAUAUGCGCGGUGUGUGUAUUUGUGUGUAUGUGUGUGAAAUCAAAAAUAUUUGUAACACCACAUGAAAUUUGGGUGAAUAUAUCCCAAUUUUUUUAGUGGUGAUCAUAUAGUUAUUCCUCUUACCAAGUGACAAGACUUGUAGUUUUAUGUGUUAUGUGAAUAUUUAUGUAUGAAUGAAGUACUUAAUGAUAGUUUACUUUGUUGGA